AUGAUACAAGAAGAUAAAUCGAGAGCAUUAUACAGCUUCACUUGUGAUAAAGAUCGCCUGCAUUAUUCAAACUGGGAUUCAGCUGAGAACACGAUUGCCGGGAAAUUAAAUGUUAUAGCUUCACUAGUGAUAAAAACUGCUUACAUUAUUGUCACAGUUAAACAGUUAAACUUUAGCCCGACCAGAGAAUAUUACAGGUUCACUACGUCCUUCACACAGUCCUCCAGCUCAGCUAGUGCCAUGUUCCAACGAUCCUGCAGAUGUAGAUGUUACCGAAAGGAAAACAUCGUCACUUUCUUGACCCUUGUCGUGAUAGUUGGUGCCUGCUACGUCAUCGUAACCUCAAGAAUUCCAGAUGGUCAGAUUAAAGAUUAUCUGUCCAUGCCGCUCCCAGCGUAUCGGCAUUCGCACAAACUUCUUGCUAACCCACAAGAUGACACUAGAAAUGAAAGAGAGAAUGCUCCCCAUUUACUGGACAGUGCCCAGGCCUGUAUCCACCCUCGACUGGAGUUGUCUGACCCAGUGAUGAUGAGACUGGUCUGGAGGCAGGGGCGGCCAUCUUGUAAUGGCAUGCAGCCGGACUGGGUGAUCGUAGACAAUGGAACCCUAAAAUUCGACACGUCAGUCACACGGAACUAUGACGUAUUCAACUGUGAGUACUACCCUUUGAUCCGAGAACCCGGUGACAAUUUUAUAACCUUCGGAGAUCCUGUUAGAAUAGAGUAUAGCGGAAUUCCGAUGACUUCCAAUUUCUUCAAAGUCAAAUGUUUUUCAAACACUCGCGUGGCUAGAUAUGAAAAUAUCCAAGCUGGCAUUUUUAACAACGAGACUCUUCGAGAACGGCUAAAGACUGCAAAACCUCCAGCUAAUGGUCUCGGGAUGUCUGUAGCUAUGUUGGUGUUUGAUUCCAUGUCUAGAAUGUCUUGGCUGCGACGUAUGCCAAAAACCAGAGACUACAUGGUUAAAAGACUUGGUGCUAUAGAACUCAAGGGAUACAAUAUUGUAGGGGACGCAACUACUGCUGCCAUGUUUCCUAUUCUGACAGGCAAGCAUGAAGUAGAACUCCCAGAAGCCAGAAAACACUUUUCAGGUUCUAAACAUCUUGACGAUUUUCCCUGGAUUUGGAAACAGUUCCAGAAAAAUGGUUACAUCACAUCAUGGGCUGAUGCCAAUAUAGACAUUGGUCCAUUCAACUUGCGCCUACAGGGUUUCAAACACCAGCCCACUGACUUCUACAUGAGACCAUUCUAUCUGGCCGCCGUGCCGACGUACAGGAGGUUCCUGACUUUCUGCCACGGCUCAGAGCUGCAACACAUGGUCUGGUUCAACUGGUUACGUGAUAUUUUCUACAUGUACAAACACGAGCCCAAAUUUCUCGUCCAUUUCUACUCACCUCUCAGUCAUGAAGGAAAUAAUUAUAUUACCAUGGCCGAUGAAGAUCUCAAGAAUUUUCUGGAGAAUUUGGAGAACGGGGGAUACCUAAACAACACACUUCUGUUGGUGAUGGGUGACCACGGUUCUAGAUUCGAUGACGUCAGGAGGACGCUCUCAGGGAAGUUGGAGGAACGUCUGCCUUACGUCAGUCUGAGGUUUCCGCCUUGGUUUGAAAAGAAAUAUCCAAGUCUGGUCAAAAACGUGAAGACAAACGUCAACAGACUGACCACGCCUUUUGACUUGCAUGAAACUUUCAAAGACAUUCUCAGAUUUGACGGCGCUGGUUUGGGGGACGUUAUGAAUAGAGGUAUCAGUUUAUUUAAAGAAAUUCCAAAGUCAAGGACUUGCCAUCAUGCAGACGUCGCGCCUCAUUGGUGCGCAUGUCUGGCUUGGAAGGAAGUGAAUCACGAUGACCCAGAUGCAAAGCGCGCCCUAGCGGCGGCUGUAGACGCCAUCAACAAUUUCACUGAGCCCUACAGAUCUGACUGUGCCAAGCUAAGUGUUGGUGACGUCACGACGGUCACCAAACUGCUGGUCAGCGAUGACGUCCUCCGCUUUAACCAGACGACAGGAGACCGCGGGCUGGAACCCAUCAUGUCCGACAACUCUGUCAAGAACGAGCGGGCCAUCUACCAGCUGACGUUUUUCACAGAGCCCGGCCACGGGGAAUUCGAACUGACACUGGAGCAUCUGCUAUACAUGGACACCAUGUCUGUUAAUCCUAAGGCGAUUAGCCGGAUUAACAAGUAUGGGAAAAACCCAGCUUGUAUACUGGACAAAAAUAGAGAACUUAGGCAAUACUGUUAUUGCAAUAGUAAUUUAUCUGGAAAGUAG